AGUGUAAAAAAUAUGCAUAAGAUAACAAUGAUAUUACUAUGAAUGGAAACGAUUGUAGUUAUUUAAUCUGUGAGAAUAUCGUCGUAGGUCGUAGAUAUACAUAUUUUCUGUCAGUAGUGAACUGAUGACUGACAGUCGACACGAUGACAGAGGUGCAAUACAGUGUUUUAAAUUCGCUGAUUGUUGAAUGUUGAUUUCAGUUUCACGGGUCAAUUUAUUUUGUGAUUUUAUAUGCAGUUGAUUGCUAUGAAUAAUGAAUUGCUGUUUUAUUUUAAAAUCUACGCCAACUUCGUGUUUCGGGUUUAAUGACAAUCUUCGAGAGGUUAUCAAAAACUUUUAUUGAAAUAUACAUUGAACAGUUUCCAACAUAUUCUUGUUUUGUAAUUACAAACCAUAAAUAAAAAUAGAACUUUCGAUUUAGGGUUAUUCGAUAGAGUAGGUAUAUAUUGCGGUUAUGCGAGGAAAGUGAUAAUUGUGUUUCAUUAAAACAUUUGUAUGUUUAUUUUUGAAAUAAAUAUUUUGUGGUUUUCAUUAACACUUCGCAGGCACAGAUAUUGCUAGCUUUCCGCUGAUUAUGUGAAAUGAAUUAUGCACAAAGCUGAUGUUAUUAUUGGAAUAUCUUUAACUUAUUUGUCAUGAUUCGACGCAAUGGCCGGCCCUCAUAACGGUGCUGUUUUGAUGACAAUGAAGUCGUGGGGCGAAGCGCUAGUGCGGAAUGCGUCCGCUCAUUUCAUGCGCGUGGGCAGGCUCCGGCGGGCGAUGUUCCUUCUCGCUGUGGUCGCUUGUACCGGGGUGGCGCUACUCUAUUGGCGGCAACAGACUGCCGAUCAGGCGAACAGACCAAUACACAGUCUUUACUCGGGUAUUGAGCCGCAAUGGUCCUGGGUAUGUAGAAACGAGCGCUGCGAGAGACUCCUUGCAGCAGAAACAACGUUGCUUCAGUCUCUAGCGACGUGUAACAUGCUGUGCGCGUCCACGCAACUGUGGCCGCAACCCACGGGUCCAGUCAGCUUGGCGACUGCCGCAGUACCCGUCAGAGCUGAUUCGAUCACCCUACAAAUACGAUCCUCACCAUCGCGUGAAGUCUCCAAUUAUCUAACCGGUGCCUUCUCACUAUUCAUCAAAGACUUGAAAGCGUUAGAGAGGAAUGGGAAUACAGAAAGUCGAAGAAACGACAUUGGUAACACUAGAGACGUUGUAGUUCGUGUUGCUGUCAAUGGCUCCGUCGAUCCGCGACUACUUCUCAGUACUAACGAGAGUUAUAAGCUGACCAUGCGUCCCUCUGACAACGUCCUCUAUGUUGACAUCACCGCGUACUCUUUUUGUGGUGCUAGACAUGGCUACGAAACGCUCUCACAGUUGAUAUGGAUAGACCCAUACGCAGGUUCACUUUUAGCUCUUGAAGCUGCGAGUAUUGAGGAUUCACCAAAAUUUAAAUUCCGUGGUCUCUUGCUGGAUACGGCUCGCAAUUUCUUCCCAGUCAACGAAAUCAUUCGGACAAUUGACGCUAUGGCUGCUAAUAAAUUGAACACGUUCCACUGGCAUAUCAGUGAUUCACAAUCGUUUCCUUUAAAGCUUAAUAGCGUUCCUCAAUUAACACAACAUGGCGCAUAUGGCCCUGGUGCUAUUUAUACAUCUGACGAUGUCCGAAAUGUAGUGAAAAGAGCUAAGCUACGUGGUAUUAGGGUGCUCAUAGAAGUGGAUACUCCAGCCCAUGUGGGACGUGCCUGGUCAUGGGGACCAGCGGCAGGGUUUGGACCUCUAGCGCAUUGCGUAGAAGUUGAACCUUGGAGUGCGUACUGCGGUGAACCACCAUGUGGCCAACUCAAUCCGAAAAACCCUCACGUCUAUAAUAUCCUAGAAAAAAUAUACUCUGAAAUCAUUCAGUUGACUGGUGUUGAUGACAUAUUCCACCUCGGUGGUGAUGAAGUCUCUGAACGAUGCUGGACGCAGCACUUCAACGAUACGGAUCCAAUGGAUUUGUGGCUUGAGUUUACAAACCGAGCUAUGACGUCGUUGCAACGAGCUAAUGGUGGUAAAUUACCAGAAGUUACUUUAUUGUGGUCGUCACGUCUGACUCGGUCCCCGUACCUAGAAAGAUUGGAUAAGAAACGGUUUGCUAUUCAAAUUUGGGGAGCCUCGCGGUGGCCAGAAUCCCGAGCGGUUUUAGAUUCUGGCUUUAGAUCGAUACUCUCGCACGUCGAUGCGUGGUAUUUAGAUUGUGGGUUUGGUUCCUGGAGAGAUAGCUCCGAUGGCCAUUGCGGGCCAUAUAGGUCGUGGCAGCAAAUUUACGAGCACAGACCCUGGAUAGAAGAAAUGAUCGGCAUGGCCACUGGGGCAGAACCCUGGCGAAUCGAUGGUGGAGAAGUGUGUCUUUGGACAGAGCAGUCCGGUCCGGGUGGAGUCGACGCUCGUCUGUGGCCAAGGUCAGCUGCAGUCGCUGAAAGACUAUGGUCUGAUAGACCAGAAGGUGCAACUGCUGAUGUUUAUCUUAGACUAGAUACUCAACGCUCAAGACUUCUAGCCAAAGGAGUAGAGGCCAUGCCUCUAUGGCCGAGGUGGUGCACGCACAAUCCUAACGCUUGCCUGUAACGCACUUGAAAGCUCUUUAUAAAGGUUUGAACAGAUUACCUAAAUUUUGUCUUUGAACAAAUAAUAUGCUAAAAUGGUUAUAGCAUAGAACGGUUAAAUUAUCUUUAACUUGGCGUUUAGAGGGAAAAACGAAGUCGAUGAUACGAUAAUAAAUAAUGUGUGCGAUGUCGAGAUAUCCGAGACCAAGUAUUUCAGGUAGAAAGGCUAAUUAACUUAAAACGAUGUACAUAAUCUAUGUUUUGUACAGAAUUGUAAUUAAGCGUAAGAAAUAAUUAGACUAAGCACUAACUUAGAUAGUUCAAUACGUUCAAAUGUAUCCGUACUGCCAAGUAAGUCACAAGAUUUGCUUAAAUAAUAAUUAUCAAUAUUAGUUGUGAAUAUAUAAAUCAAUUUUUAUUACGUUACAUUUGUCUGUAUGUUUAAGGCUGAUUAGUAUCACGAUAAUAAUCGGCGCUCAGUACAGUAUGUAUGACUGUCCUAAAAGCUUUAUUAAGGUCAAUGUUCGGCACUGAUAAACUGCGUGAUACUAAAAUAAGUCUAAGAUUAUUUAUAAAAUCAAUUUAUUACUCAUGUUGUCAAAACGAAUGAUACUCAUUGUUUUAGAGUAGUGUUGAGACUUAUUUCAUAAUAUAUUCGUAAUUUUUAUGAAGAUUGUUUAUAAAAGUAGAUUUUAGGUGUGUUAGGUUUUUAAUAUUCUAUAAAUUCGUAAAUACAAAACUGCAUUCCUUUCCACUGCUCCAAUGUACUCUUUUCAAAUUUAAAAUCAGACAUCAUUUUAUUGACCUUAUAAUAGACCCUGACAAAGCAUUAUUAAUAAAUAAAAUAAUAAUUAAUCAAUUAUGCUUUACGUAAUAAAGUUCCCUGUUCUAAUUUUGUAGUAUAUUUAUUAUGUAUUAAUUUAUAACAAAAAGAUGUUGUAUACAAAAUAUAUUUAUUUUUUAUUAUAUUGUUUUUACAGAGUCCUUUUUAGGUAUUUUAUGAGAUUAUUUUUUAGAGACUAAACGAAUGAACCACAAAAAAUCACGGAAAAGUUAAUGAAAAUGGAAAGUUUACUGAACCGUAUCGCAUACAUGCAUUUAAGCGUGUGUGGUUACUCUGAAAGUUUGCAGUUUUCUUGCAAUAUCCUGCGCUGUUGUCGUAAACGUAUCGUAUGGAACAAAACUCAAUGUUGAAUGUCAGGAUUCGCUAUUUGUAAAAACAGAGUACCGGUGCUGGCUUAAUACAAAAACUUCAAAUUAAUCUACUCCGUGGUUUUGUUUAUAAUUUUGUUAAGUACAAAAUUACAUUAAUUUUAAAAUUUUCGAAUAAAAGUCCGUUAUUUUUUCCCUUUCUAACAAGUUGUUUACGCUGUGAUGAAAAGAGAUAGUUCUUUGAGUGAUUUUUUUGAAUGUCAUAGUUUUUAGCUUUUUGUGUGUUUAUUACGUAACAAGCACAACUUUGUACGUUUUGUAAGUAAUGUUUUGGUGCUAAAAGCAAUUUUGUGGUGUACUUCUAUUGAAUAAAAACAGUUUAAUCGA